AUGGGGUCGAUUUGUACCCGAAGUGAGGAUAUGGUUGUGUCAAGUUAUAUGCCUUCGAAAAUUCUUAUUGCUGGUCUCAGUGGUGCAGGGAAGACUACCUUGCUGUACAAACUGAAGACUGGAAACGUGGCUCUUAUGGAACCUACUGUUGACUUCAACAUCGAAACGGUCUCAUACAGAAACUUCACCUUCACGAUGUGGGACAUAGGAGGCCAGACAGCGACGCCGGAACUGUACAAAUACCAUGUGCAUGAGAUCGCUGCCAUAAUAUACGUAGUGGACAGCACAGCCUCGGAUCGGCUGGACGAGGCGAGGAGACAACUGGACAUGGUGGUUGGUGAUUUGGGUUUCCUGUCGUUCACGCUUACCUGA